AUGUCCUACUUGCUUUCGACCACCAAGAAUAUCCUCCACAGAAAGUCAAGCAAAGCCGCCAUGUCUGUCCCACCACCUUCUCCGGUGACAAUCGCGGUCAUUGGAUGUGGGCAACGUGGGAGAGCCUACGCAGACUAUGCCCUCCAAGCUCCAGAGUUUUGUAAGGUUGUAGCUAUCGCAGAGCCACGUCCGAAAACGCGCAGUCGCUUCCAGCAAACCUACGAUGUAGACAACACUCUCGUAUUCAACACCUGGCAAGAGCUCCAUGCUGCAUCUGAAGAAACUCAAAAGACAAUCGGGUCUCGAUUGGCAGAUGCUGUCGUUGUUGCAGUUCAAGACCAAAUGCACAAGGAGGUGGUUCUUGCGUUUGCCGCCCAAGGCUACCAUAUUCUGUGCGAGAAACCGAUGGCCACCGACCUUGAAGAUCUAAUCGAAAUGGAGGAAGCUGUUGCUCGUGCUGGAAUCCUAUUUGGAAUGGGCCACGUCAUGCGAUAUUCACCAUACAGCCGCCAGAUAACUGACUACGUUCAAUCGGGGACGCUGGGUAAACUAGUCAACAUAGUACAAGUCGAGCCAGUUGGCUACUUCCAUUUCGCUCACUCGUAUGUUCGCGGAAAUUGGGCAACCGAAAAAUCAAGUUCUUUUUCGCUCAUGACCAAAUGCUGCCACGACAUAGACUUGAUUUGUUUCUGGAUGACGCCGUCGACUCCCGCACGAGUGUCAUCGUUUGGGUCACUCCAACACUUUAGGAAAUCAGCUAAACCUCGAGAAGCUGGCUCUGCGACUCGUUGCCUCGAAUGUCCCAUCGAGAAAGACUGUGCUUACAGUGCGAAGAAGAUUUACUUGGAUGCUGUAACCCGAGGCAAUACCGGUUGGCCCGUAUCGCCAAUUGUGGAUGGUCUACCGGACAUCGAGAAUGUCACGGAAGCACUUACCAAUGGGCCUUACGGGCAAUGCGUCUAUGAAAGCCCAAACGAUGUGUGCGAUCACCAGGUCGUUAAUCUCGAGUUUUCAGAUGGCUCUACCGCCUCGUUCACCAUGGUCGCUUACACAUCGCUUAUCUGCGACCGCCAAGUCCGUCUCCACUUCACCAACGGCGAGAUUGUCGGAGACAUGACGAGUUUUACCGUCCAUGAUUUCCGCACCGGGAUGCGCAAGUCAUUCACUCCUCUGAACGAGGGUGGCGGACAUGGUGGCGGUGACUUGGGGCUCAUUCGGGCUUUUGUGCAAGCAGUACGAACUGGGAGGCAAGAUGCUCUGGGAACGACCCUUGAAGAGAUCGUCAAGAGCCAUAUUACAGUGUUUGCAGCCGAAUUAAGUCGAAGAGAAGGUAGGGUGGUUGAUUGUACAGAAUUUGAACGGACAAUCAGAGAGAAAGUUCGGGCAGCUAUAGCAUCGACCGUAGCUGCCCCGACCAUGAACGGAACAAGUCAUUAG